AGGAUAUAGGGUACCUUUCAUCCAGAAAAAAAAUAGUGUUCCCAAGGAAUAGAAGAAUUAAUUUUAUGUGGUCAAUUUCACUCCUUAAAUGCCCUAUCGAUCUUCAUGAAAUUUUGUACACACAUCGUCAGGGGUACGGAAAAAUUAAACAAAUUAUUUGAUUAGCUGGGUAACUUUAAAGAAUGUUAGCAGUUUACCUGAUAACAAUUUUAAGAAAAAGUGACUCAUUUAAAAUCCUUUAGCAACAUAUUUAUUACAUGUUGUAAAGCAAAUUCGAGGAAACAAAAUAGCAUCAAUUUUGCAAGAACACCUAUUCUACCAAAAUAAAAACAACAAUAUUCUUGGUAAGUCAUUGAUUUACAGAUGAAUCUUUUGCCAAAUGUGCGAGAUAUCUAGCGAAAGACGUCGUUAGCAUGAAAACAAAAAUAUCAGAGAAUCGCUUUCAAAAAUAUAACGUGUCUUUAACUGACGAUCUCAACGGUGCUAUGUGCCAAAAUUCAAGGAAAAAUAAAACUGCGAAACUGUUUAAAUUACGACAUUACAUUUUUCCCUUCAGACUAUACUGCAGCAUAUAUUUGAAUACUCACGACCGAUUAUACACGACAUUACAACAAAUUAAUGAAAUGACGAUUCAUUUACGAUUUUAAAUGCACCAAAAAGUGAUAGCAGGCCUCUUCAAAAUUAAAGGGUACAAUCCCUAUAAAACUCUUCCUACUAAGAAACAGAAAUUUUUAUUAAGAGCCGAAAAGAGAGGAGGGAAGUGAAUGUGUUAAAAAUGUAUUUAUUUAUGUCACGAUUUGUCUAAAUUUAGCUCGUUUGGCAACACUGGAAGUGGCACAUGUUACAGGCCGAAUAUUGAGCUCUUGUAUCUAAAUAUAAACCAGUACCAAAACGAUGGAAUCGUCGCAAGCACCAUCCGAAGGUGUCGAGGACGAAUCCUCGAAACAUGAUCCUGAAAUGGCGCGAUUCGAAUCGAUGAUAACGAGCGAACAAGUGCUUAGUGCCACGGCAAACCGCAGACGAAGGAACUUGUCCAAAAGGAUGGCAAACAGAGCGAGAGAACGGACACCUUGCCGUGAUGUUAUGGAUAAGUCCACCACGGACGACGACGCCGACGCCGACGCCGAACCUACGUCCCGACGACCGAAAACACCCGAGCGCAAGCGACGCAAACUCAAAAAACCUGCAGCCCCGGAGACCAAAGCAAAAACCAGCGACGGAGAACAAAAUCAGGACACCGAAAUCGCCAUGGCAAACGACAAGGACAAACCUCCACAAACACAAUCUCAGCUAUCCCCAAAGUUUUUGCGAGCCCGAAAGGUCUUUGAUAGUACCAAUUCCAGAGAACAAACCCCUGAACCUUCAACAAAACUAGACAACAGCACACCACCGGCGCCAAACAAUUUUCUCUCACCAAACCACGAUGGGCAUAACGAGAAGAGAAUCGGCGAGAUUAAUCGACGAAAUACACUUAUUGGAGCGACUCAAAACGAAAUAAUGUCCCUUGUUGAAAAAGCAAAAAGGAGCUUAAUACCCAGCAAAAACAAAGACAGAUUUCGGAAACCAGAUAAAGAGAAAAUGAAAAGAAGCAAAUCUGCUCCUAAAACACUAGAAGCAUUACAAUACUGUCCUUAUCCGCCUUCAGAAGAAGAUUUAGUAGAAAGGCUCAGAAAAGCACAGUUGGUUAUGGAUGAUCCCCGUCCUUCACUGUCUCGAAAACCUUCCAGCAAAGAUAAGUCACGUACCAAACCCUCUGAAGAAGAUAAAACGCCAAAAAGUACCCCACUUUCGAAAAUACCUUUGAGGAGACCGGUUUCCAAGCAACAAUGUGACCAAUUACAAAAAAAGAAAUCUCCAAAGAUAAUUUCAACGAAAGUGAUUGAGGUUCUCGAUCCUAAAACGUCGAGGGUCGUAGCAAAGUUUUCUAAAGGUCCCCCACUACCUCCCUUCGAACUCUUGAAAUUAUUUAGUGUUUUACGGACCUUUACCGUCCGAGAACUUUUCACGGAAUACAGGAAAUUCAAACGAGACAGAAUUGACGAAUACCAAAAGAUACGAAACCUCCGUAAACGCUGUCUCUGCAAUUUGUUGUUGAUUAUGAUUUUAUGCGGGCUCGGUGGAAUAUGUUUUCGAUUUAUCGAAGGGUCAUUUGAAAAUUUCUACAAAUGCGGCGUUAAAAGAGUAAAGAGGGACUUUAUCGACUUGUUAUGGUACAGAAGUCACAAUUUUAGAGAAGAAGACUGGAAAUCGUUGGCAAGGAACAAGUUGAGAACAUUUGAAGAAGACUUACAUGCCGCCCAUGAGGCUGGAGUACACAGUUAUAGCGGACAAAGGUCGUGGAGCUUUCGAAACGGUGUUAUGUACUGCUUAACAUUAAUAACCACAAUUGGAUAUGGUCACAUUACACCCCAAACAACCACCGGAAGGGCAUUGACGAUAGUCUACGCGAUCAUUGGUAUCCCGUUGUUCCUUAUAGCACUCACAGAUUUUGGAAAACUUUUUACCAGAGGUAUCAAAUUCGUUUGGUCAUUCGUAAGAAGGAUUUACUACACAGGAAACUGUAGGAGGGCUAGAAAAACUGCUCAUAUGAAGGAAAUUUUCAAAGGGGCCCAGAUGAUGUACGAAAUAGCGACUCUCAGAAGACCGUCCGUGUUCGGUCCAGGAACCACCGAGGACCCAGAAAACCCGAAUCAAACGGCCAACACCGACACACCUACGACCCCAGCACUUUCUAACUUCGAAAUCGAUGACGAAUUCAAUCUUCCCAUUUCCGUUGCGAUUUUCAUAUUGGUCGUUUACAUUUUCCUGGGAGCGAUUAUCUACUGGGUUUGGGAAGAAUGGGACUUCUUCGCAGCGUUCUACUUCGUCUUCAUUUCGAUGUCUACCGUGGGCUUUGGUGAUUUUGUUCCCAGAAAUGACAUUUGCAUGAUAUUUUCGAUCGUCUAUCUCUGCUUUGGCCUCGCCCUCAUGUCCAUGUGCUUCAACGUGGUCCAAGUCAAGCUCAGCGACACUUUCAAAGAAGCAUCUUCGAAACUUGGAGCCACAAUAGGAAUCGAAGUGGUCGAUGAAGACGGAAGCAUUACCAUGGUGCCUCCUGCUACUGUUGAAAUGCCCGAAAUUCACGACACGAAAAUCAACGAAAACGGAAAUGCCAAAAACGCUAACGAAAACAAAGAAGAAUUACAAAACGGUGAUAUAACAGACUUACAAAAGAUUAAGAGAAACGUUAGCGGUUCUUUAAGUGAUCCCGAAGCGGCGGAAGUGGAAGACUUGACGAAGGAGAGUGCAAAAAAGAAAUGAUCGGUUUUUGUUUUGGUUUUCUGUAGUUACGUUUGUUCGCGAGUUUUAAGGCUGUUCGAAUUAACAAGCUACGAAAUAUAACAUCAAUAGUAUUUCUAAAGGACCUUCGUUUAGGUAGAGUUUAAAAUUUCUUGAUAAAUAUGCCCAAACAAAAGCAAAAGGAUAAGUGAAAACAUGGGGUAAUUGAUAACACAAAAGCUUAUAUAAAAAAGAAAUAUUAAGCAUAUUAUCAAAGCAUUUUAAUAAAAUUUAUUUUUGUUUUCUAUAAAAUACCUACAUAGGUACCUAAGUACCUAAGUUAACAAAGUUGUUGUUACAAAAAUAAAUUAUAAAUUUUUAAUCAAAAUUCUAAAUGACCAACUUUCAGAAUCAAAAUAGCAAGUGAUAAUGUUUAUGUAGGUACAAGUAUACAAGGGACCCAUGAAUGUUAUAUCCGUCCCCAUGCAAUUAACCACCGUUCUCAUUUACCCCACACUAAAUAAACUUUGCCUUAAAAUAUUAAAAACAACGUUACUACGUGUGCAAAAUGUAUAAUAUCGACAUUAAUAAAUAUGCUUGUGAUUGUAAAUCCGUAGAAAAUGUACUCUAAUUUUGUACUUUGGUCGUUAUAGCCUUUGAACAUUAUAUUUUUACAAUCCCGGUUAUCUCAUAAAUUUAUACGAUGUUAUUAAAAAUAUAUAGGU